AUGAAAGAAGCCAAGAAAGUUAAAAGGCUUUUAGUCCGACGGAACAAUCUUGUUGGUUCCGUAAAAUUGAUUAAAGAGUUCAAUGCAAAUUUUGUGUUCGAUCGAGAUUUUCCACAACUCAAAUUUCGACUCGAAAAAUUAGACAAAUUAUGGGAUGAAUUUAAUGAGGUACAGGCAGAAAUUGAGUGUGAUGAGGAAUUAGAAGAUGAAAUAUCAUCCGUACGUAUUGCAUUUGAGACGGAUUUCUUCCAACUUAAAGGAUCCUUAGCAGAAAAGUUUGACGCUGUUGUACCCGUUGUGAAUAGGGCGCCACCUUCACCCACCGCUCCACCUGCUCAAGCCGCUCCCAUUCGUUUACCAGAAUUGAAAAUCCCCGAGUUCAAUGGAAGUUUCGAUGAAUGGAUGAAUUUUCAUGAUCUGUUCAUCACACUCAUCCACACCAACCCACACCUUUCAUCAGUGCAAAAGUUUCAGUAUCUGAAAGCUGUACUGAAAGGAGAAGCAUUACGUCUAGUUCAGUCUCUAACCGUAUCAGCGGUAAAUUAUACUAUCGCGUGGGAUACCUUGAGAAGACGUUACGAUAACAAAAAUCUACAAAUCAAACAACAUUUUUCGGCCCUUUUGUCUACUCCUGCUAUCCGGAAAGAAUCGGCAGCUGCACUUUCGGAUCUGGCAGAUGAAUUUGAUAAGCAUGUUUGUGUACUGAACAAGCUGGAAAAUUCCGAUGAUCACUGGAAUUCCUUCCUUAUCGAGCUGCUAAGCAGUAAAUUGGACUCUGUUUCCCAGAAGGAAUGGGAAUCACAACUGGACAAUGAAGGUCGUCCAGCGUACAAUGACCUGAUUACCUUCAUUCAAAAACGCUCUCGUAUUUUGCAAUCACUAACGCUCUCCCAAUCUUCGCAACAUGUCGCUAAGCCCGAGUCGAAGCUGGAGCCUAAAGCUUGGCGUAAUAAAACCUCGAUAUAUCACUCUAGCAGUGAAAAUCUCUCAAAGUGUACUGUAUGUAAGCAAACGCAUGCGCUGACACAGUGCGACGAUUUCAAGAAGCUAUCUCCACAAAAACGGUUCGAUGUGGCCAAAAAACACGGCCUUUGCUUAAAUUGUCUACGGUCAUCGCAUAUGAUGAAAAACUGUACUGCUGGCUCAUGUCGUACGUGCAACAAACGUCAUCAUACACUGUUGCACUUAAACUCAACUCCUCAGAAGACAGACCAGACUGAGGAUAAAACGGCUUUAUCGAUUCAAAUGGUCCAAUGUGAUACAGCCCCACGAUCGGCAUCGGUCGUCGAACCGUCGUCGUCGGUUUCGUGCAUUGUCGAUCAAUGUCACGUGGUCCCUCGGGUUAGUGGAUCGGCCCCGUCGUCGUCGGAUGGGCAUAGUAGUCGUUCGUCGUCGUUCGUAUCGCCGUCGGGUUCGCAAAGUAUACCGUCAGGGUUGGCUCACAGCUCUUCACAGGCGACAAAUUGUCAAGCUGUCGUUCCUGUACAUUCACAUUUUUCGAAAAACAGUACGUCUGCUGUCUUCAUGCUGACCGCAUAUGUGAAAGUUAAGAACAUCGACGGUCAAUACAUUCAUGCUAGGGCUCUAUUGGAUUGUGCAUCCGAAGCCAACUUCGUAACCGAAUCUCUCGCACAAGCUCUCCGGUUAAAACGCGCACCAGCAAAUGUCGAUGUAUCCAAUCUUGGCAAUGGCUUGCCAGUACUUCGUAAAACUGUUUUUGGAUACGUCGUCGCAGGUGAGGCGUUUGAAACGAAUAAUACUAGUGUCAUCUGCAACGUUUCCACUAUUGACAACAUGGCGUCAAUAGUUCGCAAGUUUUGGGAGGUGGAGAGUUUCGAAAGCGGCAAAGCCCUUUCUCUCGAAGAGCAGUACUGCGAGUCACACUUUUCGAAGACCCACUUUAGAGCCCCUGACGGUCGGUACGUGGUUCGUUUGCCGAUUCGUGAAGAAAUGUUGCUUUCUUUGGGAGAAUCAUUCACGGUUGCGAAACGCAGAUUCAGUGGUAUUGAAAGGAAGCUUAGUAUGGACCCACAGCUCCAAUUAGAGUACACACGGUUUAUGGAAGAGUACCAAUUGUUGGGGCAUAUGACCGAAGCUGUGCCCGAUCACUCAAAACCCUAUUUCUACCUUCCUCACCAUGCAAUCCAGCGACCAGAGAGCACAACAACCAAAACACGUGUCGUUUUCGAUGGCUCAUGCCGAGGAUCCAACAGUCUGUCGCUAAAUGACCUGUGCUACAUUGGCCCUACUAUCCAAGCUCCACUUUUGUCCACAUUGCUGAACUUCCGAUUGCCGAAAUAUGCAGUGACAGCCGACGUGGAGAAAAUGUAUCGGCAAGUCAUCGUUAAUGCCAUCGAUCGUCCUUUACAGCAGAUUAUCUGGCGGAACCAUCCAAAUGAGGAGCUGAAAACUUAUCGAUUGAACACCGUGACAUACGGCACAGCACCAGCGCCGUACCUGGCUACUCGAGUCUUGAACCAGUUGGCAGAAGAUGAAGCCAACAACUACCCGCUAGCAUCGCCGAAAGUGAAGCAAACCUUUUACGUCGACGAUCAUCUGUCGGGAGACGACGACGAACAACGAUUGAUCGAGACCAAUUGUCAACUUAUCGCUCUUCUUCGUUCGGGAGGAUUCAGUCUGCGAAAAUGGUGCAGCAACAGUGCAGACGUACUCACUCACAUUCCCGAAUCGUUACGGGACACUCGUACGGAGUUUGGAAUCGGUAUAAACGAUCCGAUUAAAACGCUUGGACUCCAGUGGCACCCAGUUCCAGAUCACUUCGGUUUUAAUGUUCCUGUUUUCGGAAGUACCGAACCGAUAACAAAACGCCUUAUUCUCUCGGAGAUGUCACGUCUAUUCGACCCGCUCGGACUUGUUGGCGCAGUAAUUGUAAGCGCAAAAAUAUUUCUUCAAUCGCUUUGGUCCCAACAAUUCAAUUGGAACGACCAGUUACCAGUUGAGCUCCAAAAUUGGUGGAUAAAUUUUCGCAUCGAAAUCAGAGAACUCAGUUCGCUCUACAUUCAAAGACGAGUUCUCGUGGAUCAUCACAAGGUCAUCAGUCUUCACUGUUUCGCCGAUGCAUCCGAUCGCGCAUACGGAAGCUGCAUAUAUGUGAAGACAACGAACGCUGACGGUACAUCGAAGAGCAAUCUGCUCAUCUCAAAAUCACGAGUCAGUCCUCUAACAAAAUUAUCCACUCCUCGACUGGAAUUAUGCGCGGCUGUUCUCGCAGCGCAGUUAGCAGAGUUCGUUUUGGAAUCAACAAAAUUAAACUGUCCAGUGAUAUAUUGGACAGAUUCUACAAUAGUACUACACUGGUUCGCCUCAUCGUCAUCGACCUGGAAAGUGUUUGUGUCGAAUAGGAUUGCUGAAAUUCACAGACUUACUAGGGGAAGCUGCUGGCGCCACGUACCAACCAAUCUUAAUCCAGCUGACCGGAUCUCCCGUGGCGUUCUUCCAUCCAAGUUGGUUGAUGACGAAAUCUGGUGGCACGGCCCACGCUUUAUCUGCACCGAGCCGGAACAUUGGCCACCAAACUGCAUUCAGCUCUCACCACUCCACUUGCAAACGCGGGAGCUCGAAGCUCGCCAUACGGUGGUAGUAGUAGCCACUACAAACUCAGCUGCACUUGAACUCAUCGAGCAGCAUUCCACACUCUCUCCCCUGCAGCGAAAGGUUGCCUGGACUGCGCGCAAGAGCAAUACACCUACGGAUGCUCCACGCAGGUCCACAGCUGCUCUUAUCAACGAUGCAGCAACGAUUCUGGCCAAUCAGGGGGAGAGAUAUUGCAAAGAAGGUCGUACGAGAAUGCCUAGUGUGUUUUCGCUGCAAGCCGAGCAUUGCUAG